AUGGUUGCUUUUGGUGAAUUGAGCCUGUUGCUGGUCACCUUACUUGCUAACAUUGUCUCAGCUGCUCCACCAUGGAAAUCCAAGGGGUUUUGUUGGGAUAACAUUGAAAAUUUGUUUGUAUUUGGCGACUCUUACAGCUAUGUGGAGGGCAAGCUAGGAACACCCGAAUUCUCUUGGAACAAUUUUACAUCACCUGGUGAUGUUCAUCGUAGCCCUAUUUUGCUCAACAAGACCAGUGCUGGUGGACCCAAUUGGGUGGAAUACCUAACAGGCUGCUUUGAAGGACUACCACAAACAUGCCACCCCCAUUUGUACGACAUUGCAUUUGCUGGGUCAGACAUUGAUCCCGCCACUAUUACCAAACAUCAUCCCUAUACAAAGUCAUUCGUUGAACAAAUUGAUCAGUGGAAGAGUUGUGUAAAUGGUCACGUGCAUUGGACAUCAAGUAACACGCUAGCUACCUUCUGGAUGGGGAUCAACGAUGUGGGUGAUACAUGGAAAUGGACCAAUGCAAGUAGCAAAAAAAAUACGAGACAUUUAUGGCAUGUUGCAUUCCUAACCAUCCAUUGGACAACAAAAAUAGGUGUCAUUCCCAACCUUUUACAACCAAAUCAUUGA